AUGGCGCCUCGUACAUCCACCGCCUCCGCCCAGCGCACGUCGGUCUUCUUCACGAUGGACGAUGCCAAGGCCUCGUUCAACCUCUUUUGCUCGGUCUGUGGCAUGGGGUCGCUUACGAUGCCCGCCAAUUACGCGCGUGCCGGGCCCGUGUACGCCUCUAUUGCCUUAGCAUUCAUGAUCUUCGCCAACACCUACGCAACCCUCAAACUUUCCCGCGUGUUGCUGGUAUCCCCAUCGUCUGUGAAAACGUACGGAGAUCUCGGUGAAUGGGCUCUAGGCAAGUGGGGCCGCUUCUUCACGGUGCUUUCACAAAUGGGUGUGUGUCUCCUGUCACCCUGUGCGUUCCUAGUGCUGGGCAGUACCUUAUUGGACGUCAUGUUCCCGGAUUCGUUCAGUCAGACGUUCUGGAUCAUCUUCAUGGCUCUCAUGGUCAUUCCGGUGUGUCUGAUCCCGACGCUGAAGGAGAGCGCCGGCAUGGCAUUCGCGGCUAGUAUGGGCACCGUUAUUGCCGACGUCAUUGCCGUAGCUGUGCUGCAAUGGAACAUGCGCGGCCACGGCUCGAUCCCGUCGCCGGAUGUGUCGGUCCACCAGGUUCUGAUGUGUUUCGGUAAUCUUGCGUUAGCAUACGGUGCCGCCAUUGUGGUCCCCGAUCUACACCGUGAACACUCACAGCCGCAACGUAUGCCUCGCGUCGUGGUGAUCACCAUCUUGUUCAUCUCAGCGUUCUUCGUCGCGAUCGCUCUGGCGGGUUACACGGCCGGUGGUUGCCAGCUAUCGGGUAACAUCCUGUACUCGAUCGUGAGCACGUCGGACCCGCUUGGUCUGGCUCCUCUGGGCUUCACCGCCGACCGUGGCGCCGUGGUGAUGGCCUACCUGUUCAUGCAGGUUCACAUCACGAUCGCUUUCUCGACGCUCAUGAUGCCUCCGUUCUACAUGGCUGAGCGUCUCAUUCUGGGUAUGCACGUAGGCCCCAAGGUCGUGCGCUACAACGGCGCAGAAGACCGUGCUAACGUGGAGCAGGACUUGGAGUUACAGGGAUCAUAUGUGCGCAGCUCGACGCCCAACAUGUCGGAUCGUCAGGUGUCCACGUCCAGCCUGGUCGACAAGGCCGAGGGUCGAAUGAGCCAGCUUCGUGUGGCUCUGGAGUUCGGCGACGACAUCACGGAGCAGCGAUUGCAUGAGCCGUACCGUGGAGCCCGUAACGCGCUGCGUUACAUCACUCUUCGUAUCUGUAUCAUCGUCAUUCUAGUGGUGUGUGCUGUUCUGGCACGUAAACGGUUCCUCGACUUGGUGGACUUUACGGGUGCUACGGCUCACACGACGAGCUGUCUGCUUAUGCCGUUGAUCAUCUACCUACGCGUAUUCUGGCGCAAAAUGUCCUUCCUGGACAAGGGGGCGUCCAUUAUUGUCAUCGCUGUGUGUGCCGCUGCCGGCUGCUACGUCAUGAUCUACGCCGGCAAGGAGCUGUUCACGCCGUCAGACGAUGAUACUCUAUUCCCGUACUGCGAGGCCGAGUUCAUGGACAAACCGUACUACAUCCGGAAUAGCACUAACUAA